CAGGAGAUUCAUUAUCGCAAGCAUGCCUGAGGAAGAACCCUACUGGUUGUCGCGUAACCCGACAGAGCAGCAACGACUUGCGAGGCAGCACGAGGUUUGGACGAAGAGCAUCGGAUACCUGCUUCACCCCUCCAUCGCUCGGAUCCUUCCUGGGAAUGCGCGCAUUGCGGAUGUUGGGUGUGGCACUGGCAUAUGGAUGACAGAAAUGGCCAAAUCCUCUCCCUCAACAUAUCAAUUUGAUGGCUACGAUAUAUCCAGUGCACAAUUCCAGUCUACCGACACCCUUCCCCCAAAUGUGUCGCUCAAUUCUGAGAGUGACUUCAAAAAGUCGUAUCCAGAAAAUCUGGUCGGCACCUACGACCUUGUCAAUAUCCGACUGAUCAUUAUUUCAAUGGGCGAAGGGGUUUGGGAAUCGACUCUGCGCAAUGUCCUUACCCUGUUGAAGCCUGGUGGUGCCAUUCAAUGGAUUGAAGGCGACUUUUUCGUGGCCCGUGGAUUCCGUGGUAGUAGUUCGACUUCUUCUGGCGGACACUUUCUCACUCUUGGCCAACUCAAGCUUAACGGGACUCUGAAAGAGCGGUUUGGCUAUAACUUCCCCAACUGGAUGAAUAUGUUUACGGAGGCUGGUUUGCAAAACGUGGAAGAAGAUGUCCUCAGCACCGAUCGACUUCCCGAGCAGAGGUCAGACUUCACGGAAAUCGGACUUGGAGCAGUGUUUGGCGGCCUGAAGAAUUUGUCGAGCACAAAAACUGAAGGCUACUGGACUGAGCAGGAAGUUGGUGAAUACAGGCAGAAGGCGAUUGAAGAUAUGAAGUCUGGUGCAUAUUUGCGCUGGGAUCUCCAUGUUUCUAUUGGCUUCAAGGCCCUUUAG